AUGCCAGUUGAGCAUAGGGCUAUGCAAGAAGUCAAUGGUUUCCCUCCAACCUAUUCAACUAUAACGGCAAACAACAUUGUGGCUGGACCAAGUCAUAUAACUUCUAAUGUUAAUACUGUUACAGAAAGAAUUGAAGGAGCUGAAAAUAUAGUUGUGCAAAACCAAGGGGAUGCCUAUAAAGAACAAGGUGUAGAAAGAAAUGAAGAAGUUGAAAAUAUAAGUGAUCAAAAUCACGGGGAUGGCUACAGAGAGCAAGGUGCUGUCAACACAUUUGAUGGUACUGCACAUGUUCGCGACGAUGCUCUAUCAAUGAUUUGGUAUGGCGGACACCUUUCACAACAGUAUUUUGUUAAUAAUUAUGUAAAAAUUGAAACACACAAGCUUAGGUUGUUUGAGCACAAUCAAGAUUCAAUUAGGGCAAAUCUGUACAAUGGCCAACAAGAUGCUUUCCAUGAAGGAGAGAGUGAUACUGGAAAUGUUGGACAUAGAACCAUUCUACCUUCAUCAUUUGUAGGAAGCCCACGUGAUAUGAUCCAACGAUUUCAAGAUGCAAUGUCAUUGGUUCAAAAGUUUAGGAAGCCAGAUUUAUUCAUCACAAUGACGUGUAAUCCAAGAUGGGAAGAAAUCCAAAAUGAGCUUUUACCUGCACAAACCGCACAAGAUCGUCCAUACUUCCUUGCAAGAGUUUUCAAAUCGAAAUUUGAAGAAUUGAAGGAUGAUAUUGUGGUCAAGGGGGUUCUUGGAAGAGUUAUUGUAUAUGUGCAGGUCUUUGAGUUCCAAAAAAGGAGUUUACCACAUGCACAUAUGCUUAUAAUUCUCGAUGAAGAUGAUAAAUUGCAUAAUUUAGAGGAUUACGAUCCAGUUGUUAAAGAAAAAAUUCCGUGUAAGGAGGAACAACCUCAGUUACAUAAAGCUGUUCUGAAGCAUAUAAUACAUGGUCCUUGUGGAGUACAAAAUCCAAGAUCAUCGUGUAUGAAAAAUGGGCAAUGUAAAAAAGGAUACCCAAAGCCUUUCUUGCCAGAAACCUACCAAGGCAAUGACUCAUAUCCUGUUUACAAAUGA